CUAUAUUGCUCACGGAAUAAGAAAGGUGAAGAGAAUCAUCAUCACCAUCCACACAUGAGCCCAACCAAAACCAUCACAAUGUCCGUAACCACCACCAACACAAAACAUCAUCAACCCCCUCUCUCUCAAAUUAACACGCUCACUCACCCAAAACCUCACCCUCCAACAACAUACAUAAACCCCCCACAAAAAAACCCUCAACGAAAAAAAGAUCACCUCAUCAAAUCCCACACAAAAUCUCGGAUCCAAACCAAACCAAGCCAAAACAAAAUCCGGACCCAAGCGAUCCUCAAAUCACCAGCGAUAUGUCACUCAUAUUACACAAUUUGACCUUCUUCUCUCGUGUAUCCACCCCUGUCUUGCACCCGCUUUCCGUUUCAUUCCCGCGCCGAUGUCGUGCCUU